UUUAGCUCUGGCCCCAUUCUAGGGCUUGGCGAGGCGGACAUGGCGAGCGCGCCCAGCGAUGGAGCUCCUCCUCCCGCGACACAGCAAUCCAGCGGCGGAAUCCCAUCAUCCGCAGCUCCAGCAACGGUAGGAUCGGCUGCCUCGGCGUCAGCGCCAUCGCCGGCUGCCUCUGGAUCAGGGCCGCCGCCUGGAUCUCAGCUCCCAGUCGCGACGCAAUCGGCCGUUCCGAUCCCUCAGGCGGCCACAACAGUGGGGGGACUGGGAUCGCCAGGAUUGAUGGCCGGGCAGCAGCAAAAUCCCGCGGUGGGAUCGCAGCCUCCAGGUCAGAAUUUCUCGUCGCUCCAGCCCCAGCAGCAGCAGCAGCUCAUCCAGAACGCGGUCUACCAGCAAAAGAUGCGGCAGAGGGUGAUGGUUCCACAGCAGCAGCAAGCUCCUCGCGGCGUGGCUGCUGGGAGGCCUUCCCAGGCGCCGGCGCCCACCAGCAACGUCUACUCGCAAGCGGUGUCGUCGCCCAUCGGUGGUGGCGCCGCCGCCACCUCCAUGCAGCAGCAGCUUGCGCAGAGGAUAAGCUCGCAGCAAAGGCCGCAGCAGAUGGCCGCGCAGAAUGGGCAGACCAUCCAGCAGCAGCAGCAAGCCAGCGCUCUCAGCGCCACCGCGAUUCGAUCUUCCAUGUAUCCCUCGCAGACCACCAACAUGCAGCAGUACAUGACGCAGCAGGGAUUGCGGCAUCCAUCCAUGCUCAAUGGCCAGGCUUCAACAAUGCAACAGGUGAGGCAAAAGCAAGCGCAAGCACAAUUCCAGCCAGCAGGGAUUCAGGGGCUGCACCAGAUGAUGAGUCCUCUCGGGAGACCCUCCGGAAUGCUCCAAGCGCAACGAGCACAAGGCAACGUACGUGCGCAGCAGCAGCAGCAACAACAGCCACAGCAGCAGCUAACUUCUCCUCAGAGGUUGCAAUCCGGCCAGGUUGCAAGAGCGCCAUCUCCUGCACAGCUUGCUUAUCAGAUGCAAACGCCCCUGCAGCAGCAGCAGCAGCAGCAACAGCAACAGCAACAGCAACAGCAGCAGCAGCAACCGUGGUCCAAACAGCUUUCCGCUGCGCAGUAUCAGCACUUGAGGCCAGUCCAGCAAUUAUCUCCACAGCAGUUUCAACAGCAGCAGCAGCAAUUAAGACAGCUCCAGAGGCCUCUAGUGUCCCCGGGUGCCAAUUUUAAUCCUCAGGCUGCUGGAACACCGGCGCCAGUUAACCAGCCACCGGAGCCGACCAACAGAAUCCUGGGCAAGCGGAGCAUUCAGGAGCUUGUCACGCAGGUGGAUGCCAAAGAGAAGCUUGAGCCGGAAGUGGAGGAUGCUUUGCUGGAGAUAGCCGACGAUUUCAUCGAAACGGUGACGACGUUCGCCUGUGCUCUUGCAAAGCAUAGAAAAUCUACGGUUUUGGAAGCCAAGGACGUGCUUUUGCAUCUAGAGAGGAACUGGCGAAUCACACUUCCGGGCUUUGGUGGCGAAGAGUACAGAACGUACAAGAAACCCGUAGCUAGCGACGUCCACAAACAGCGCUUGGCAGUGAUCAAGAAGUCACAAGCGGCCUCACCAGCAGAACCAAAAGCCGCCAUCGGCAGUCCUCCAGGAAUGAAACUGCCUGCUGCGUCGCCAAUCCAGUCUCCUCCUGGAUCCAGAAUGGGAUAGACACCCAAAUUUUUCCUUCUCCUGUAAACUAACACAGUGAUCUGUAUAGAGAACUCCCGCCGGGACGAUUGUGAUGGAA